UUGAGAGAGUUAAUGAAACAGAGUGUGUUUUUGGCAAAAUGUGAUUUUGUAUGUCACUAUCAGAUUCGACCAUGAGUUGGCUCCUGGUACUAUGUGUGGCACUUAGCCUAAGUCUAGCAAGGGCUGAUUCCAGCUACGACUACUUCCGCCUACCGACGGCUCUUCGACCCCAAAAGUACGACUUGCGCAUCCUCACAAUUCUGGAAAAUGUGGAGGAUCUUCGCUUUAAUGGAAGUGUAAAAAUUCAAAUCGAAACCCUGCAAAACACCAAAAACAUAACGCUCCACUCGAAGGAUCUGAAAAUCGACGAGUCGCAGAUCACUCUUCGCCAAAUAGGAGGCGAGGGAAGUCCUGAUAACUGCAUAACCUUCACAGAAGUUAAUCCCAACCACGACUUUUACAUUCUCAACACCUGCCAAGAACUUUUUGCUGGCCAAGUGUACGAGUUGCAUUUGCCCUUCUCAGCCCAGUUACAGGAGCAACUGGCGGGCUACUAUCGAAGCUCCUACGUGGACCCUGUGGCCAAUGAGACGAGGUGGAUCUCCAUUACCCAAUUUGAGCCGGCCUCGGCUCGAUUGGCGUUUCCCUGCUUCGAUGAACCCGGCUAUAAGGCACCCUUUGUGAUCACCCUGGGCUAUCACAAGAAGUUCACGGGUCUCAGCAAUAUGCCCGUGAGGGAAACCAAGCCACAUGAGUCGCUUGCCGAUUACGUGUGGACAGAGUUCCAGGAGUCACUGCCAAUGUCCACCUACCUGGUUGCCUAUAGCAUCAACGAUUUCUCCUACAAGUCAUCAGCUUUGCCGAGUGGGACACUCUUUCGCACCUGGGCCAGGCCGAACGCCAUCGCUCAGUGUGACUAUGCCGCCGAUUUUGGACCGAGAGUACUCCAGUAUUACGAGCAAUUGUUCGGCAUAAAGUUCCCGCUUCCCAAGGUCGAUCAGAUCGCCGUGCCCGACUUCAGUUCGGGUGCCAUGGAGAACUGGGGCCUGGUCACCUACACGGAAGGUGCCCUUCUGUACUCCGCCGAGUAUUCCUCGCAGGCAGACAAACAGGAGCUUGCGAACACAGUUGCCCAUGAGUUGGCGCAUCAGUGGUUCGGGAAUCUGGUCACAAUGAAAUGGUGGACUGAUCUCUGGCUCAACGAGGGAUUCGCCACCUAUGUGGCCAGUUUGGGCUUGGAGAACGUCCAUCCGGAGUGGCGAUCCAUGCAGCUGGAGUCGGUGUCAAACAUGCUAGCCAUUUUUCGAAAGGACUCCCUGGAGAGUAGUCAUCCCAUCUCGAGACCCAUUGAAAUGGUCUCUCAAAUUUCUGAGAGCUUCGACGAGAUCUCGUACGAGAAAGGCUCCUCAGUUAUUCGCAUGAUGCACUUGUUCCUGGGGGAGCAGUCGUUCCGUACGGGACUUAAAUCGUACCUCGAGAGGUAUGCCUAUAAGAACGCGGAACAGGAAAAUCUCUGGGAAUCACUUACUGAAGCUGCCCAUAAAACUGGUGCUCUUCCCAAGGACUACGCCAUUAAGACCAUCAUGGACUCGUGGACUCUGCUAACGGGAUAUCCCGUGAUCAAUGUGAGACGUGACUACACGGCAGGAACAGCUGAACUCACCCAGGAGCGCUACCUUCUCAAUACCAAUAUAUCACGGGCACAUCGCGAUGAAUGCUGGUGGGUGCCACUGAGCUACACCACGCAGGAGGAAAGGGACUUCAACAACACGGCGCCCAAGGCGUGGAUGGAGUGCACCAGGACUGGCGAAAGCAUUCCCAAGAUCAUCAAGGAUCUGCCUGGACCAGAUCAGUGGGUGAUCUUCAACAACCAGCUGUCAUCCCCUUACAAAGUCAACUACGAUGCUCAGAACUGGAGGCUUCUGAUCGAGACUUUGAACAGCGAUGAGUACCAGACCAUCCAUGUGGUGAAUAGGGCUCAGCUUAUAGACGAUGUCUCGUACUUCGCCUGGACGGGAGAGCAGGACUACGAGGUGGCCCUAAAAGUGAUUAGUUAUUUGCACAGGGAGCGGGAACUUCUGCCCUGGAAAUCGGCAUUUGAUAAUCUUAAGAUUAUUAGUGGCAUUUUCCGACAAAUGGGGAACUUUCAGUCGCUAAAGGUCUACAUAAAGGAGCUGAUCACCCCGAUAUAUGAGCAUCUUAAUGGCAUAAACGACACGGAGUCUUCGAUCCAAUCACCGGAUCACAUCCUCCUGAGGACGCUGGUGGCGAACUGGGCGUGCUCGUACCAGGUUUCCGAUUGCGAGUCCCAGGCGCUGUCCUACUUCCGAAAGUGGCAAUCGGAGGUUAAUCCCGACGAGAAUAAUCCAGUGCCGAUCAGUUUUCGCAGCGUUGUGUAUUGCAGUUCCAUUAAACGUGGCACUGACGAGGAUUGGGAGUUCCUGUGGACGCGGUACCUGAAGGCGAAUGUGGCUACCGAGAAGGAGACAAUAAUGGAUUCCCUGGCCUGUUCGACGGAGGUGUGGCAGCUGCAGCGGUAUUUGGAGAUGACCUUUGACCCAAAGGGAGAGAUUCGGAAACAGGAUUCAGCCUCGGUCUUCCAGUCAAUUGCCACCAAUGAGAUUGGCUUUCUGUUGGCCAAGAAGUAUUUAAUGGACAACGUGGUCUCCAUCUCCAAGUUCUACCAUCCUCAAUUCGAGUAUGUGGCUGAGCUUCUGCCGCCGCUUUCCGAUCAAAUCUUCACCCGAAAGGACUACAUGGAGUUCAAAACCUUUCUCAGCAAGUCUAAGGAGCAGCUGAAGGAUGUAGAACAGGCCACCAAACAAUCAUUGGAGAUAAUUCUGACAAACGUGCAAUGGAAGGAGCGAAACUAUCACAAGUUCACCAGUGCAAUUCAAAAGCUAAUAUAGAAACUAAAAUAAUAGUCCAUUAUAAACAAGGAUAAUUGAGUAAAUCUCUACUCCCAUUUAGACUCCCGCGAUUAUGUGUAUGUUGUAUAUUUCGUAUAUUUAGUUAAGCAUGUUCUAUAAUGCUAAUCAAUAAUAAACAUAAAUAUAAUUGGAAUCAAACGGUCCACUCUCAACAAA